AAAGGUCCAAAGCAUCAAAGCUCAGUAGUUCCCCAACCCAUGUGAGUGAGAGUCGUGUACUAGCAUAACUUUAGCUUACUGUAAAGGCACGUUCGACGUUAGAACUCGUGGAUUAUCCUGCGUUUGAUCAGGAGUCUGUCAGUGAACGCUGGGAACACCCGACAUUAUGAUGCAACCGGAGAAUCCCACGGUUAAGGAUCCUGCCCAGGUGGCAGCCAACAACCGACUCGCACAAACGCAACAGCAAGUGAACGAGGUGGUUGACAUUAUGAAAACCAACGUGGAGAGGAUAAUGGAGAGGGAAGACAGGCUAACGGAGCUGGACAGGAGAGCUGACAACCUGACUAUGAGCGCGGCCGAGUUCCAGACGACCUCUCGCAAACUCAAGAAGAAGUACUGGUGGAAGAACACGAAGAUGACCAUCAUCCUGGUGUGCGUGGUCAUCGUCGUCAUCAUCAUCAUUGUCUUUGCCUGCGUCGGGAUCCCGUCAGGAAGCAGCGGCGGUGGAACUCCUGCUGUGACAACGGCUGCUCCUCCGCCCGUCACGACUGCAACGCCACCUUAGAGCGUCCUGAGGAAAAGGAGUUUCCAGUUUGCUUCGCGUUAAAAAAAACAAACAGUUUCGUAGAUUUUGGUUCGCUAGUCAUCUGUCUUAUGUUUUUUUUUUUUUUUUUUUUUUUCUUAAUUAUUAUUAUUAUUAUCAGUCAGAAAAAAAAAACAAAUUUGAAAAUCAUGCGAUGCGCCGUAUUAAUUUUUAUUUCAAUUUAGGGUUUGUAUUUUUAUUAUUAUCAUUAUUAUCAGUCAGGAAAUGCAGAUUUGAUAAUCAUGCGAAUCGCCGUAGUAAUUUUUAUUUCAAAUUAGGGUUUGUAAAGUUACGGUGAACUGUUUUGUUUUUUAGGAGAAGCUGGUUUGAUAAUCCUUAGGCUCGUAGUAACUUUUUUAUUCUAAAUUAUGGAUCAUAAAAUUGCUGUUUAUAUUUUGAGAGAAUCAGUCAAUAGUCAUUUUUAUUCCAAAUUAGGAUUCAUAGAGUUACGAUGAACAGUUUACUUUUUAGGAGAAGCAGAUAAUCGUUAGGUUCGUAGUGAUAAUUUUUGUUUAGGGAUCAUAAACAGUAAACAAUUUAUAGUAAAGUUUGUAAGAUUACAUGUCUUAUUCUUUAAAGAUGAAGUUUCCGAAAUAAUCACAGGAAGAAGGCAAUUGUAAAAAAAAAGAUUUUGGAAUAUUCACAGAAACGAUAGAACUGUAAAUAAAUAAAUAAAUAAAUAAAAAAGUAAGAAUAUUCACAGGAAACGGAAAGUUGUGUAUAAAAAAAUCUAAAAUAUUCACAGAAUGAGAGAACAGUUAAAAAGAGAGAAAAAUAAAAAGAAGAGAACUGUGGAGAAAAAAGAAAUCCAGAAAAUUCACAGAAAGAAGAAAAAAAAAUGUAAAAAAAAAAAAAAAUCUGAAUAUUCACAGAAAGGAGAGAGAGAGAGAGAGAGAGAGAGAGAGAGAGAGAGAGAGAGAGAGAGAGAGAGAGAGAGAGAGAGAGAGAGAGAGAGAGAGAGAGAGAGAGAGAGAGAGAGAA